UGUUUUCUGACAGGAUUCAGUUUAAUUGUGAAAGCAGCGUAGGAAAGGUGUUACCAUGCACGCUCUAUUGUUGUGUUGGGCAUUUGCAGUUUUCAUAACUUGCGGUCACUGUCAGGACGGAGGGUUAAUUGUUUUUGGGCCAAAAAAGAUACAUCCGAAAAGUGAGUUUACAAUCGUGAUCACUAAUUUACUCAACCAAAGAGUACGAUUGCAAGCAACCCUGGAAAAUCUAGAAAACCCAUCGAUACUGCGACAAGUUAAAAGUUAUAAUUUCGAACGUCAGACCUCUGAAAAGUUAACAUUCCAAGUGGCUGACAUAGAAAAAUGUGAUUGUUAUCAGUUGGAAGUGAAGAGCUUAGACAAUACUUUCAGCUUCGUUGAGCACGCUAGUUUGGAGAAUGAUGCCAAAACUGCAAUAACACUAAUUGAAACUGACAAACCUGUGUACAGUCCAGGCGAAAAACUACGCUUCCGUGUUCUCGUAGUUGAUAUAAACACAAAACCGGUGACAAACAUCGAAACUGUUGACGUUACAAUCACAGAUCCGGAUAACAGAGUGCUCAGGACGUGGCCGCUCGCUAGAUUACACAAAGGGGUAUUUGAAUCAGACGUACAAUUGUCAUCAUCAUCGAACUCUGGAAAAUGGUCGUUAACGGUAGUUGUAGAUGGCGUUGAAGAACACAAAUACUUUGAAGUACUCCUUGACCUACCGAAGUUUUUUGUGAGGGCAUCCCCGUUGAAACCAGUUUUGCUCGAAGACACGACGAUUUCGAUCAUGCUAGAAACAGCAUACACGUUCGGCCAUCCCGUUGAAGGUCGUUACAAAGCUGAGCUGUUUCUUGAUGAUCCUGUUGGACAACCAGAUCACAUUGCACAGGGUCAAAUAAACGGAAGAACUUCUGUUCAUUUUCAUAUGAAAGAUCAAGUGCGAGAUCAAGUGUAUAUGGACAGCGGCUCCGAUUUCACUCAGGCUACCCUGAUGGUUGAAGUUCAGACAACGUUAUCAAGUGAGUAUUGGUGUUUUUUCUACUUCGCUAAGCAAUGGAGAGAUAAUCUGCGCAACAGACAACUGAUCUGGAGGCUGAGGCAAAGUUCAACGCCAACGACCGGGCGGAUCUAUACCCCGACCCACAAAACGCAUUCCCGCCGCAAAACCUCACGUCUCUCCGGUUCCACCUAG